AUGAAGUUAACAGAUCAUCUUCUCUCAUUAGACAAAACCUCCUUUGAAAAGGCAACACAGCACCUAUUUCUGACUCAAGUGGGUACCCUUCAAGUGAAGCCUGAGCAUCUCAAAUCGUGGCUCAUCCAAGACAGAUAUUAUACUGGCGGAUACAUCAAGAUGAUGGGCAUCAUGAUAGCUAAAUUACCGCUUUAUCAAGAUCAGCGUGAAUUGGGCGACAACAAUCCAUCUUACUCGCCUGAGAAGGCUCAAAACAUCAUCCGCGUGCUCUCCUUUGCAUUAUCCAAUGUACAUCGAGAAAGUCAGUUUUUUACCGACAUCUUGAACAGAGAUCCUUACAGCAAGUGUCAACAAUCCACGCGCCAAAAAGCUUGGACAAGCAAGUACAUUGACUUUGUGCGUAAAGUGGCUCAAGAAGGAGGCUAUGAUUUAGGUGAAUCUUUGGUUGUUUUGUGGGCCAUGGAGAUUAUCUUUUUCCGUGCCUGGAACUUUGCCAAGUCUGUCAAUGCUGAAUUGAAGGAGAAGAAUGGAAAGGACUCUCAAGAUGUACAUAUUGCUACUUGUCAUGAACUGAUGGUUAACUGGACCAUGGAAGAGUUUAACGAUUUUGUCAAUGAUUGCGAGAGCCUCGUCAAUGAACUCGACACCAGUGAUCCUCGUCGUAUGGCCAGCUUUGAAAAGGUGUACAGGGACAUUUUGGCUCUUGAAGUUGAAUUCUGGGAUAUGGCAUACAAUUAG